AUGGCCGACGAACGCGAUGGCUCUGCUGCGCUAGAGGUGGAGGUCACUCCCCGGGCUGCUUCUUCAACCUCUUCCAUCCCUGACAACAUUCUCGAGCGCCAUCAGCGACUUGAAUCAGACAUCGCUUGGCCCUACUUUGUGUCGCUCAAACUCGAACCGGAUGUCUUGGAGAGCAUCCGCCCGCAGCUCAAUGACCUCUUCCGUCGUUACGACUACGACGCUGACGUUGGUAUCAUAACCCUCAGAAUGCCAUCCAAGAUCCACGACGACUUUGCCACCGAGUUUGGACUCGUGCUCCAGAAGCUGAUCGACGACAUCCUGCGCGCGGUACCCAACGCGCCUAGAAUCACGGACCGCCAGAGCCGACUGGUGAAGCUUUGGGAGCACGACAAGGCUAAAAAAGGUGGAGAGUGCUACCCGGACGGACAGUUCAAGGACGAUCGCGCCAGCAAGCCAGGUCUCGUCUACGAAGUCGCCUAUUCUCAAACCGGAGAGAGCCUUGAGAAGGUCGCCAAAGACUACAUCGUCGGGACCAAGGGUGCUGUCACUACCGUGGUCUGCUUCAACCUCAAGUACAACGAGGGUCAUUCGUCUGCAUUCCAGGACUCCGAUGGCCGAAUGGUCAAUGGCGACAAACUCGUCAAGCUCCGACUCACUGACAUGGCUAAGGAGAAGUAUUCGGACGACUACCCGCUCGCGCCGAUCCAUAUCCCGUUCACUGAACUCAGCCGAAUUCUCGACUUUGCAAAGGCUCAGACCGAAGGAAGCUCGCCAUAG